GGGAGAAGAAGGAGGCGACAGGAAAGGAAAACGAAGAAGAAGAAUAACAAGAGCAGGAAGAAGAACAUUGGCAACAACCUAUCAACUUCCAACCUUACUACAGCUCGGCUGCCUGUAAACGUAUUACGGUCAUUAGUCAACAUGCCUUUGGAUGUUCAUUGUGUCCGUGUGUUGUUUGUUGUGGACACUGCCAUCGCCACAGACGCAUGCAAAUGAAUUUAGAAUGGCUAUUUUUAACGAGCCGAGCUAGCUGUGCUAGCUAGCAGCUAUUAUCGCUAGGCUUUGUCGUGGCAACGGAGGUAACUAGCUCGUUAUUGGAGUGAGUUAUUGUUAUCAAACGUUAAGCAAGCAAGUGUGAAUAUGGCUGUUGUCUCUGGAUCAUGUGUUCGAGUCAACGGGUCCCGAAGUGGGCCCUCUGUGUCAGCCUCGCCCGCUGGGACGGUGGGACAGUCCCAGCCCAUGAUAGCGGUGUGGGAAUGGCAGGAUGAUCUGGGCCACUGGCGGCCGUACAGCGGCCAGGUGAGCGGACACAUCGAGCGGAGUCUGACCCCCAGACAGGGCCCGAGCGGAGGGGGCCCCAGCCCCACCAGCAUCUGUCUCGGACAGUCAGACCCUACGCUGUCACCCUAUCUCAUAGACGUACCCAGCUUGAAGCAAUUUCGGCAAGAUACAGGGAAAACGCGCUCUGUGCGGCGCUCCCUGUUCCCCCAGUCCUCCGGGCUGGGCAGCGGCGUCUACUGGGAGUGGGCCAACGACGAGGGUGGCUGGACGCCGUACGAGACGCGCACCUCCAUCCUGCUGGAGCACAGCUACCAGGCCCGGCAGGGCACGGCCGACCUCGGCCUGCACGGCUACAACUACAUCGUGGACCUCACGUCGCUGGCCCAGGUCAACAAGGCCAGCGGCUUCAGGCGCCAGGUGCGGCGCCAGUGCAGCCUGCCGUACCCGCUGGCCUCCGCCGGCCACGCGGCCGGCCCCUCGGGGCCCGCCUGCUCCUGCCACCAGUGCUUGAGCCACAGCAGCACGGGGCCGAUGCCCAGCCGCUCCCGCCACUCCCUGUCCUCCAACCAGCUCAACCGGCCCAGCCUCCAGGGGCCCGGGAGGGCCGUGGCGGCGCACCCGGCCUCCGUCUACUCCCCCUACCCGAGGAGACCCCUCUCCGUCGGGGGCUUGUCCUGGGGCAGCCCCUGGCCUCCGCCGUCCACCGGCGCACAUGCCUCUGGGCCGAUGCAAAGCAACUCCGGAAGUGCAAAUGGAUUGAGUGUCCCUGCAAUCCCUGUCCAGCUGAGCGGAUCCACCAGCAUGACCUCCGCCCUAGCAGGCAUGGCCUCCAUUUUGAUGUCCGCAGUGGGCCUGGGCGUGCACUUCACCGGCGCCCCCCUCCAUCACCAACAGCAGCCGCAGCAGCAGCAGCCGCAGCAGCAGCAGCCGCAGCAGCAGCUACAGCCGCAGCCACCCGCGCUCCUUCCUCUUCCUCCGCCCCUCCUGCCCCCAGGCGGCAGCAGCAGCACCGCCAGCACCACCAGCAGCAGCAGGCCUAGCAAGGCCCACAGCACCAGUGGCGGCGGCGGUGGUGGUGGUGGCGGCGGCGGCGGCGGCGGUGGUGGUGAUGGUGGGGGUGGUAGCAGCGGCACCACCAGCAGCAGCAGCAGCAGUUCAGUUAGGAGAGCAAAGAGGCAGCACAGGAGAGCCUCCAGACCAGAAGACGUCAUCCAACGAUACAUGGAGCACCUACCCCUGGCCCCCGACGAGGACUGCAUUAUCUGCAUGGACCAUCUGUCCAGCCCCUCCAGCUAUGAGGCGGUGUCAUCAGAGAGCGGCGGCCCGUGCAUCCUGCCCGAGACCGUGGGCAAGUUCAUCACGUGCGGACACGCCCUGCACAUGCUCUGCAUGCUGGCCAUGUACAACAAUGGAACCAAGGACGGCAGCCUCCAGUGUCCCUCAUGUAAGACGAUUUACGGCGAGAAGACGGGCACUCAGCCCAAGGGCAAGAUGGAGAUUUACAGCAUCGGCCAGGCCCUGCCAGGCCACCCUGACUGCGGCACCAUCCAGAUCAUCUACAGCAUUCUGCCGGGCCUCCAGGGCCCGGAGCACCCCAACCCUGGCCAGCCGUACACCUGCAGGGGCUUCCCGCGCUUCUGCUUCCUCCCGGACAACGACAAGGGCCGCAAGGUGCUGGAGCUGCUGAAGGUGGCGUGGAUGCGGCGGCUGAUCUUCACGGUGGGCACGUCGAGCACCACAGGCGAGCCCGACACGGUGGUGUGGAACGAGAUCCACCACAAGACGGAGAUGAUGUCCAACCUGUCGGGCCACGGCUACCCGGACCCCAACUACCUGGACAACGUGCUCUCGGAGCUGGCCUCUCAGGGCGUCAACGAGGCCUCCCUCAAACACCCGGGCGGCAGCUAGGUCCGGAAGGACCCGCCGCACCCCCAGCCCCCCCACCCCCUCUCCUUCUCCAUUCGUGGACCACUAAGACUGAACCCCUCCCUCCCCCGACCCCUGAUCACUGUUGACUGUUUCCCGGGUUCAACCUCAAUAAACAGCAAAACGAAUGAAGUGGCUUCGAUGACCAUCCAACGGCACGGAGUGGUCGGGUUUGAACUGCGUUAUAGUCUGUUGUUGUCAUUGUUAGGAAAGGCGAGUUAAGGCUCUGCAGACUACGCAAAAUCUUCUGGAGGAUCCUGUUGUGAGCUACCAGACGACUGUGGUCAAACCCCCCCCCUCCCGAAGUCUUGAUGCCCCCCCAGAACAGUGAACGGCGAGAGAUCCUCGUGGAGCACCAACCCUUGGUUACCUAUAUUUCAGUUUUUCUUGUACUCCACCAAGUGUGGAAAAAGAGGAAAAAGGUAAACGUGGAUGCAUUCAAUGCUACUGGCUACGGAGGAUAUUUAGGAUUUAUUAUCUUGUCCGGUUUUAUUUUUUUCCAUCGAGAGUCUCGUGUAUACCGGCGUCAUGAAAAUGGCAGCUUAUGUGGGAGAUUAAAAGAUCUCAUUGAGCACUUUAGUUCUCGCAGUGCAACUAAGUAACAUGGUUAGCUUUUCUUUUAAUGGUUUGGGGGUUUCUUAAUAGGUCAUUUAUGCAAUGAAAAAGAAAUGGAGUAUUUUGUUUAAACCUUUGUGUUUAGUGCAAGGGCACACAGAAAAAUCUAUUAAGUAAUGAGCGUAUGUUUAUAUAUGCCUAAUUAAUUGUCAAGGCAAUAUCUUUGUUGUACAUGUUAACCCCAGUUAAACAAGCCUUUGAUAAAAAGAAAAAAGACAAAUAAAUUAUGAAAAUUGAUCAUGUACUACACAAAUACCACUAGAGGAAAAUGCAUUAAUUAUGUAUUGUUCUCACUAUUGUGUGAUUAAUCACUCAUUGAUGACAUUAUGGGGGUUAUUCUUUCUGUAAAACCAAUAUCUGGCAGUUGCCAUUCACAAUUAAUGGGUUCUGCCCAGACACGUGGACUGUGUUUUAGUCCGAGGGGACCAGAUGGGACGAAACGUCAGUUGUAUCGACAGAGCCUCGGCUAUGUGAACGACACGUUGUGACAAUCAAGACAACAGAGGGAUAAAAAAAGCUCUUACUCAGACAAAAAGCAAAUGUAUAUUGAACACCAAUGUCUUGUUCACGGCUGGCCCACUGCUGCCUGCUCAUCUGAUUGUUAGCCUGUGUUAAUCCUGCCUGUGACACAUUGCAGCAUUGUCAAACUGAGUCUUGAGAUGUAUGCAAACCAAGUAUGAUUUUAGGGGUAAAAAUUGAUUUCUGCAAUAAAGAACGUAAACUGUAAAAACUGUUUUUUUUAAAUUAGAAAGUCGCUGUUUGGUCUCGCUCCAUCCCAAAUUGAUGUUGUUUAUUCAGGACUACUUUUGCUCACUUACUGGUCAAGAACUGAAUACCAUUUAAUUUGAUUGCUGGAAAUCAACACUGACUGGAAAAUACUUUUAAAAUAGAAUCAACACAGGAAAGAAAUCUUGUAUGGAUUAAUUUACCUUUGAAAUCUAGCUUUCUCUGGCUCUCAAAUCACAUAUCCUACCUUUUAAGUCUGCCUGUGUUAUUCACUUUUAUCAGUGAGUACACACUUGUGUCCACAAACACAUUCUUUUUGCUUGUGUUACAAAAUUUCAAAAACGUAAUUUCAUUAAAAAAAUUGUCCAUUCCUGCAAGUAAGGUUUCCCUUUUUCUAAGGGAAUAAUUGAAGCACUUGCUGGUCCAACUACAAUUUGUACCAGAACAAUUUUGCCAAACUGGUCUCAUGCUGGUCCGCAUAAUGUUGAAUGAGGAGUCUUUUAUUUUACACUUACCUGCUACUAUUCCAUUUUUUAAAGAUAUUUUACUUUUAAAAUAUAUAUUGCUUUGUGGAUUUUUUUAAAUUGUAAAUGCUGGUGUGUAUGAAAAGUUGAUGGUGUCCGACGGUGGGGUCGACUCCUCUCGAUCUUCUGGUGACCCUUAUGAGGUCGACUCCGUUUAGCGCCCCCUUCUGGCAGGUAAAGGCAACUUCCUUUAAAAAUCUAUUUUUUAAGACGGUUGCAUAACCAAGUAAUCAAAGAAUAUCAUGCUUAACAAGUAUUGAGGCAUAUAAAAAAAAACAGCUUUCCCAUCUUUUAACAUACCUUUUAUGGAAAGAACCCCAGGUAGUGCAGAUCUAUUACACAAUAUUGAAGUUGUGUUAAAUAGAGAUGCACUUAUCCGAUACUGGAUAUCUUUAUCUCAGUCUUUUCUUAUUGCGAAACCAAAAAAGAUAAUACAAUGGGGAUUAUAUUUUGUAGAAGUUUAUUUUCAAUUCAACAGAUCGUUUUUUUUUGUUUUUUGUUUUGAUAAACAUUUAUAGCAUAAAAUACUGUCCAUUAUUUUUUGAUGGAGUUCAGAAAUGGGCCAGCCUUAUAAGCUUUUAAAUCGAAAGAAACCUAUUGGCAUAUGGGAUCGGUUCUCUGCGUUGGCAAAUAUGUGUGUUGGUGCAACCCUCAUGUCUAUACUCUCCAUGGUUGGCUAGAUCGAAGGGGAGCUGGGAGGCUCGGAACCCAGUUAAUCAAAUUCUGUGGGUCAAAUUUAGGUAUUUCGGUCCUUUGUUAGGAAUGACAUAUAGUUGUCUUGCACCUAUAGGUAAUAUGAGUUUUGUAAAGGGAAAGUAAAUUAAAAAAGUAACCAGAAACAACCAAG